AGACAAAAGGAGUGUCAAACGGGGUUUCCACACAAAGCAUCAUCACUCUUCAGAAGCAAUAAAGUCAGAGCACAGCAUAGAAUAGUCCAUCUCUUCCAACCCCCACAGCUUUUCUCUCACCACACCACCACAAGAGAGUGGGACGACCAACAUGGCCACUCCCAACCCAGAGGCUGCAGCCACCGCCCCGACUCAACCCCGGAUCAUCGACGAAAACACGGAUAUGACCACUUUGACAGAUCAAGAGAUAAUGAGACUCGUGGAGGGUAUGGGGCAGGAGGAUGUUACAGAGAAGGAACGUUACGAGGCGCCUCUGAUAAGUGCUCCGGUACCAUUAUUGGUCAUCAGGGAAGAAUACUUAUCCGGUUCACCGACGGUAGUUAAGAAACUCGAUUGGUUACAAGCUCACGGUUGGGAUCAAGUUUGGCGUGCUAGAGGUGAUGGAGAUUGUUUUUAUCGAUCUUUCACUCUGGCAUAUUUACUUAGAAUAUUACAUUCCCCCGAUCCACCAUUAUACGCAAAUUUGGCAUUUGAAUCUAUUCAACGUGUAUUGCCAAUGAUGAAACAAGUGAACUUUGAUCCUGAUUUAUACGAAGAAUUCCUCAAUCCUUUAUUAGAAAUGAUACAAUCGUUCUCUCCUCAAAAUACCUAUGCGGAGCCUAUCACGGAAUACGCAUUGAUACAAGCAUUACAAGAUGCAGAACGAAGUAACUGUAUAGUGGUUGCACUUCGUCUCAUAACAUCAGCAUACAUACGUACAAAUUCUCAAGCUUUCGAACCAUUCCUCCUUUCUCCUACCACGUUCUUACCUCUUUCAGCGGAUGAUUUCUGUAGACAAGAAGUUGAACCAUGUGGAAAAGAAGCCGAUCAAGUUCAGAUAACUGCACUUUCAGAAGCUUUAGGUGUAGCGGUAAGGAUAGCAUAUUUAGAUAGAUCAGAGUUGGUCAAUGAAGAAGGUAUAAAUUGGGUUGUUUUUGGUCCUAAUUCUGUUUCUAUCACUUCGACCACUUCGACUACUUCGGCUUCUUUUGCUGUUGAGAAAGUCGGUGGGGGUGGGGUUCAAUAUGAAGAAGGGGUUGGAAGAGGAGUUCAAGAUGAAGGGGUUGGAAGAGGAAUUCAAGAUGAAGGUGUUAGAAGAGGAAAUAGAGAUGAAGCGGGAGAGGGAGAAGGAAAAGGAGACGAAAGACCUUUAACUUUGUUAUAUAGACCAGGACAUUUCGAUGUGGUUACGAAAGAUGUUUUACCGAUCAUAUGAAACUAUUGUUUAGU